AUGACAGACAAUUUAACAUCCACGUUAGCACCAUUGCUGGCAGCGGUCUAUUCUGAAUCCCAAGUGCAUCUAAUUGUGGGAUCAAGCCCUCUUGCUGCAGCCCGUUGUGCGAAAUCUCUAGAAGCCGGCGCAAAGCCGAUCAUCGUUGCGUCAGACACUGGGGGCUUGCACUUCAGCUUGUCUGAGCAUAUAGAGAAUGGCUCUGCACAAUGGCUCCGCAGAGAGUUCCAGGAUGAUGACUUGAAAUGUUUAGGGAGAGAAGAAGUUGACCAUGUCGUCGACAUGGUUUUUGUCACCCUGGGUGGAGCUCACCCGUUGAGUGCGCACAUUUCAAAGCUUUGCCGGCGACUGAGGAUUCCUGUCAAUGUCUCUGACGCCCCUGAGCUGUGUACUUUCAGCUUGCUCUCCACAUACUCUGACGGCCCUCUCCACAUCGGGAUUACGACAUCGGGACGUGGUUGUAAGCUUGCAUCCCGUUUAAGAAGAGAAAUUUCUUGUUCUCUUCCUUCCAAUCUUGGAACUGCCAUAGAUCGGUUGGGGGCAGUAAGAAGGCGCCUUUGGGCAGAGGAUUAUGCAGCAGGACUUUGCGCUGCACCGCUUGAAGGGGACGAAGAUGACUCUACAGGCCAAAACCAUAUGUUCAAUAAGUUGGUGACGGAAGAUGACAUAUCUGCCGCAAAAACACGGCGGAUACGCUGGCUUUCACAAAUAUGCGAGUAUUGGCCGCUCCACAAGCUGGCCGCUAUCAGUGAUGCUGAUAUCGACACCAUUCUUCAGGCAUACUCGUCUGGUAAAAAUAUCCUGGAGAACGCGAAUGGCGUUGGACACCCGCAAAGGAAAGGGAAAAUUGUUUUGGCAGGCUCUGGGCCCGGUCAUCCGGAUAUGCUUACGCGAGCAACCUACAAUGCGAUGCAGAAUGCGGACGUUAUUCUCGCAGAUAAGCUGGUGCCGGAACCCGUCUUGAAACUAAUUCCGCGGAGGACAGAAGUUCAUAUUGCAAGGAAGUUCCCUGGAAACGCAGAUCAGGCGCAAGAGGAAUUUCUGCAGAUGGGACUAGACUCCCUGCGUCGGGGACGGUGUGUUCUUCGGCUGAAGCAGGGAGACCCUUAUUUGUACGGAAGAGGAGGUGAGGAGUUUGAAUUCUUCCGGGGUGAAGGGUUUACACCGAUUGUCUUGCCUGGAAUCACUAGUGCCCUGAGCGCCUCAUUAUUCGCAGAGAUCCCAGCGACUCACCGAGGCGUGUCUGACCAAGUCCUAAUUUGCACCGGUACUGGGAGAAAGGGUGCGGCUCCCGAGCCUCCUACUUACGUGCCCACUCAGACAGUCGUCUUUUUGAUGGCUUUACACAGACUAUCGGCGCUAGUGGAGUCGCUAACCACGCUACCCCAAGAUGGUUCGCGGCCACGAAUGCCUUGGCCGAAGGAUACCCCGUGUGCCAUCAUUGAGCGGGCUUCCUGCACUGAUCAGAGAGUGAUCCGCUCUACACUGGAGAAUGUAUGCCUUGCAUUUGAAGCUGAAGGGUCGCGACCUCCCGGAUUGUUAGUCGUUGGAGCUAGCUGCCACAUAUUACAUCCACGCGGAAAUCAGAAGUGGACUGUGGAAGAGGGUUUCCGAGGAUUAGAUGAACUACGAGAUGAAAUCGUAUCUCAGAAUAACCAGGAACAUGAUUGA